GGAGAGACGGCGAGCGAACGGUCGUGAGCUGCUUUGCCCACUGUAGCUUCGGCGUCUCGGCACGGAACCGCCGUAGGAGAGGCAGUCUCUUCUCUCUCUCCGUCUUCUCGCUUUGUGAGAGACCUUGUAAUCAAAGGAGAUGGCUAGCAAUGUUACCAACAAAACAGACCCUCGAUCCAUGAAUUCCCGUGUAUUCAUUGGGAAUCUCAAUACACUUGUGGUCAAGAAGUCUGAUGUGGAGGCAAUCUUUUCAAAGUAUGGCAAAAUUGUGGGUUGCUCUGUGCAUAAGGGCUUUGCCUUCGUCCAGUAUGUUAACGAAAGAAAUGCCCGAGCUGCUGUAGCUGGAGAGGAUGGCAGAAUGAUUGCUGGCCAGGUUUUAGAUAUUAAUCUGGCUGCAGAGCCAAAAGUGAACCGAGGAAAAGCAGGUGUGAAACGAUCUGCAGCGGAGAUGUACGGUUCCUCAUUUGAUUUGGACUAUGACUUUCAACGGGAUUAUUAUGACAGGAUGUACAGUUACCCAGCACGUGUUCCUCCUCCUCCUCCGAUUGCCCGAGCUGUGGUACCUUCUAAACGUCAGCGCGUUUCUGGAAACACCUCUCGAAGGGGGAAAAGUGGAUUCAAUUCGAAGAGUGGACAACGGGGAUCUUCAUCUAAGUCCGGAAAGUUGAAAGGUGAUGACCUUCAGGCCAUCAAGAAGGAGCUGACUCAGAUAAAGCAAAAAGUAGAUUCUCUGCUGGAAAGCCUGGAAAAAAUUGAAAAGGAACAAAGCAAGCAAGCAGACUUGUCCUUCUCAUCCCCAGUAGAGAUGAAGAAUGAAAAGUCUGAAGAAGAGCAGAGCAGUGCCUCUGUGAAAAAAGAUGAGACUAAUGUGAAGAUGGAGUCUGAGGCCGGUGCAGAUGAUUCUGCUGAGGAGGGUGACCUGCUGGAUGAUGAUGACAAUGAAGAUCGGGGGGAUGACCAGCUGGAGUUGAUCAAGGAUGAUGAAAAAGAGGCUGAGGAAGGAGAGGAUGACAGAGACAGCGCCAAUGGAGAGGAUGACUCUUAAGCACAUAGUGGAGUUUAGAAAUCAUUAUUCAUUUACCUAGGCGCUUGUGAGAGAUCACAGUAACAGCAGAUCCUCUCCCCUAGAACUUCAGCACAUUCUCACUGUUCACCCUCUCCUUAUCCUUCCUGUUUCAUUGAUUCAUAAUUGCCCUGCGCCUAGUUCCAUUUUCACUUCCUUUGAUGCUCCUUAGUAGUUUUGUUAAGUCUUACCUUGUAAGUUUUGCUUUUAAUUUUGAUACCUCUUUGACUUAACAAUAAAAAGAUGUAUGGUUUUUAAAAAAAA